AUGCGUUGGGUGCCGCUGGAGUUGGACCGCGUUGCGGAGGUCGGGCCGCAGGUCGACGCGGCGAUCAACACCUACGCCGCCCUGCAGCGGCAGCUGGCGCGGCGCGGGACGUCGAGCCCCGCGCAGCUCGCGCGGGCACUGGCGGUGCUGCGAGAGUCGUUUGCGGCCCGCCUGGAGGAGAUGGCGGCCUUCUACCAGGCGAACGACCUUGACCCACGCAGCGGGGCGGUGGAGGCGGCACGCCUCAAACUGAAGCGCUUCCUGCGUGCCCCAGCGUCCUGCGGCGCCACCGGCGCGCCGGAGGCGGAGACGUUUAUGCUGCUGCCGCCCUCGCCGGACAAGGCGGCGCGGCGAGCCACCGGGGCAGACCCCGCCAAGGCGAGUAUAGAGGCGACCGGCAGCGAAGCAGCGGAGGAGGCGGAGGACACGGUGACGCUCCGGGUGGUUCUGACGGCGGACGAGUACCAAGAGCUUCUCGCCCGGCGCGAGGCGUUUUGCCAGCUCAAGUUGGAUUCCAUGCUCUGCAAGCGAUGA